UCUUGAAAGCUCGAGUUCGGAAAAAUCCACCUCUUCGUCGCGAUAUUGCCACCACAGCCCCAUUGCUCGUUCGUUAUUGGAACACUUCCUUGCAAAGAAGUACAAGGAAUAGUUUUGCAUACAAGGCCAACUCAUAACUGAGGUACGCGAUCUGCAUCUGCUUCCGUGAGUCGUUCUUUUCUGCAUCAAAGUUCUCCUGCGCGCGCUCGAACCUGGGACUUGUUUCGUUCGUGCUGCAAUGCUUUGUUGUGGGAAAUAAUCAUAAGGUUUGUCGAGAACUCGAAGGAAUUUGUUCAUAGUAUUAGAUACCUCUGGUUAGUGUUCACCCACGAACUACAUCUUGGUGAUUUAAAGACACAUUUACACCUCCUAGUUAGCCAUCAUGCGGGAAGAAGACGUAGAAGUUGCGAUCAAAGUGGUCGUGGUUGGCAAUGGAGCCGUUGGCAAAAGUAGCAUGAUUCAGAGAUACUGCAAAGGCAUUUUCACCAAAGACUACAAGAAGACGAUAGGGGUGGAUUUCUUAGAACGGCAAAUCAGUAUACGGAGCGAAGACGUCCGGCUUAUGUUGUGGGAUACAGCAGGACAAGAAGAAUUUGACGCCAUAACGAAAGCUUAUUAUCGAGGUGCACAAGCUUGUGCCAUAGUAUUUUCAACUGUUGACAGAGACUCAUUUGAGGCUGUAGAAAAAUGGAAGUUCAAGGUGGAAGAAGAAUGUGGUGGUAUACCAAUGGUAUUAGUUCAGAACAAAAUAGACUUGAUUGAUCAAGCAGUAGUUAAAGUUGAGGAGGCAGAUGAACUGGCCAAGAAAUUAAGGUUAAAAUUUUAUCGAACCUCGGUGAAAGAGGAUCUAAAUGUAAAUGAUGUAUUCAUGUAUCUCUCUGAGAAGUAUUUAGAAAUGUUGCAGAAUGCAGAUGUAGAAGAACCUAAAUCAUCUCAACACAAAAAUGUUGCUGGAAUGUUUAACACGGCCUCGCCAGUAAAUAGUUCACAAAGUGCCAACAACAAUGCACGUACAACACAACAAGUAGAGACUGGAGAUAUUAUCACAUUAAAACCAAACAAGCAAAGGACAAAGGGCAAAAAGAGCAAGUUAUCAUGCUCAUUGUUGUGAUAUUUGAAUUUCUGGGCACUCUACAAUGCUUGUACAACUUCACUAAAUGAAGCAUUACUGUAUGGAGACUGAAAAACUGUUUGAAAAGCAUUCUCACCAGGAACAUCAAUUCUUGGACAUCGUCCAUGCACAAGCAACCAGAAUGGAAAACAUGUGUCCAUUAUCAUCACUUAUGGGUGAAAAUAAUUAAUAUUGGAACAGUUCUGUAAAUCAUGGUUCAGGUAUUAGACAAGCUUGACCUUGUUGUUUUGCUGUCUUUAAAUAUAUUACUACAGUGUAAAGACAUCUAUGGUUCUCUUGAAUUGAUAUUGUUUCAAAUUUGGGGUAAUUUGGGUGGAGAAAAAUUGCAUCAACUGAUCAUUACAUGAUCUUAACAGACAAAAUAAUAUUGCUCAGUCAAACAAGGUGAAUCAAGGAAAUUGGUAUCAUUUUGGCUUUAUAAUGAUAAUUAGUUUUUGUUUAUGGCAAAUGGCUUGCACAUUACACGGCAACAUGGGCGUGAUUGUUUAUGAGAAAUGUCCAUUAAAAAAAGAGCUAGUUAACUCACUUGUACUAGGUACGAUAUCUAUGACAGUUUACAAGCACAGUGGUAUUGUUCAGCCGCAGUUAUGUUAUAAAAGGUCAUUCAGGGACGUCUAUGGCGUACCUUCGAUUCAGGAAGUUUACAGGAUUUGGUCAUUUUAGCUCACUUUGCUUUGGCAAGGAUAAAUAUUAGCUCUCUCCCUCUUGCUUAUCUUCUUAAAUAGAGGGCAUUCCUUGCACAAUCUUCCUCCCCUCAGUGGGAAGGAAAGAUUACUUGUUAACAAACCAUGAGAAUGUCUGCAUAGGAGGCUACCUCUUGCCCAGUCAAGCAUCACUCUUUUUUAAUGAGUAUGGAGUGUACAAUUUUUUUCUCCCUUUUCAGAUCACUUGCUCAGACAAACUGUUGCAUUUUAAUACUGUCAAAAUUGAGAUUUCAUCCUUACUUUGGUUUUGAGAGGUGCAAGUCAUAGUAAUAGUGUUAGAUUUUUUUAUGCUGAGUCAUUCCCCGUUGUCUGCUGGAGAGUCUUAGCUAAGUAAAUAUGUUCCUUAUUUUUUGUUUUGUUUUUUGUUCUGAUAAUAAUAAUAAUAAUAAAUUAGUUUAUUCACUUAUGCUUUUGAUUUUUCUUAAUUCAUUGCCAGUAAUUUAAAAUAGUAACAAUAACUACAACAAUAAUAAUAAAAUAAACAAACUUUUAUAUAGCAUGGAAAUCUGGUUGACAGAGUUGUCGUUAGUUGUUAUCUAAUUACAGACUGUGAGCCAGGCCAAAUCUAAAUAUCAGCCAAAAGAUAGAAUAAUAUUUUGCAGGUUUAUGCUUGGUUUCCUUGCCCUUUCGUUCUUCAAUCAGAGAUUGAGUCUAGAAAUGUUAUAUUUCAAAGGACGUCCUUGAAAAGCAGGGCUGUAGUCUAAGAAAAAUUAUAAGGAGCCCAAAGGUUCCUAACCAUGAAAUCCUGAAUGCCCAGAACUUAAGCUUGCGUGAAAAAAGUAAGUUUUUCUGGUCACCAAAAGGCAAAAGCUAGCCUCAAGUGGCACCCUUGCACUUCCCAGGCACAGCCCUGAAAAGAUUAAAUUUUGUUCAAGUUCUUGAUAGUACAAAAAGUCUAUGAGAGCUUAAAGUUAAAUGUUGCAGGGAGAAAAGUAAUAUAUUUUUAAGUUACAUUUCACUUAUGAAAUUUGAGCUCCAUCAAAGUUAUAACAAACAGUAAAUUCAGCUUCGCAAAUUAAACCAAUUAAAAGUGUCCACUCUAACUUUGAGUAACUAGCUCUUCCAAUAACAUUCAACAAUCAUAGCUAUUGUAAUAUUUAUAUAUUUAAACAAUCUUUGUGUUACCAGUACUUUUAAAGUAACAUUUUAACUGUUUUACAGGGUGGCUAUGGCAUUAACAUUUGCUGUUAACACAAGACUACGUAAUAUUUUCAAAUUUAACUGAGGUUAUGAAGAACUCGUUUUCUACCCAGAACGGUAUUGUACUGGUGAUAACAAACAAUUUUGUGUUCCUGACAGCAAGUUUUUUUCCUGCUGAAAAAUUUGGUGAAGGGGCUAACACAAACUAUCUAUUCACAUUUAUUGACCAGUAUCAUCUAGCUUGAUAGGGUUCAUUCCCCAGCUGGGGAAGACAGCCCUUUAACACAGGGGCAGAUCUAGGGGGAGGGUGUAGAGGGUGUGCAUCCCCUCCCCUGAGAUGAAGCCUUCUUCUUAAUGUUAGCUUUAAUUCGCUUUUAAAAUUUGUUAACCUCACCAGUCAGUUACACCAUUUCUUAGUGGUGUAACCCUCCUAAGAAAAAUCCUGGAUCGGCCCCUGUAACAUGUGAACUUUGUCUCACUAGAUUUCAGUCCCCUAGCAAAGUGACCUUGGUGAGAAUCUAAAAUGAAUGGUUGUACUAGACUGUCAAAGUACAAAUUGUCCUUUUUGCCAUGUGGAAUUAAUUUAACAUUAAAAUUUUAAGCCUAGCUAGGACUUUGAAAAUAAGAUAAUUGUUGUGUUUAUUUGGAUAACUCUCUAAUAAAUUAUAAUUGUUUUGGUCAUGGA